GCCUUCGCGCAGCGUCCCUGCUUCUCCGCGAGGGGACUGGGGCUCAGACAAAGCCCACUUUGUGCGGGGACCUGGACGCGAGCGUGGAAUGUGCGCGUCGCUGCGCCCCCUGCCAGCGCCCGCCAGCUGCGCGUCGCGUCGGAGAAGUCGCCCCCCGGCGCCGCCCUUCCACCCGGGGGCCCAGACUCGCGCUCUGGCUGCCUGGGGUUCCCGCGGUCCAGACGCCCCCAGCGGCGCGCGCGAAGGUGUGAGCGUGCGAGGGUUUUGUAGAGGAAUUUGCCCUCUCCAAAACCCGGGCCUGGGAGGUCCGGUCGGCGUGGCCAGCGCUCUCCCUUUCUACGACCGCGCGUUAGAACUGUCCGGCCUCAGUUUCUCUCCGGCGAUCCUCCCUUCUGUCACGCUAGACUGCUGCCCGUCAUUGUUCUCGCUGCCCGAUGGGGGUGCUUUGUGAAGGCUGCCAAGCCGAGGUGGGCUCUCUUUAUUCUGUUAUUCAAAGAAAAGGCCUCGAAGGCUGACCCCGGACAACUUACCCCCAGGAUCCCCACUUCAGGUUGAUGCACUGAUUUUUUUUUCUUACCAAGUAGUAUUUUAUUAUAAAGGAACCACGCCCUGGCUUCUUAAAGGCACCCUGCAUUCUGCUUGGCCAUGUGUUAGCGAGGCAGCUGGUGUGUGGGCCGCCUUCUGUGAGCCACCCAUUUUUCUCACCUUCUGAUACACGUCCUCCCACCCACUUUGAGGAUUUAGGGAUGCCAGGGGGAAAGAAGGUGACCACAGGUGGCAGCAGCAGUGCUGUCCCGGCUGCCGCUGCCACAGCCACCAACGCCGCCCCUGCUGGGGUCAAGCGUUUGGAGACCAGCGAAGGGGCUUCAGCCCAGAGAGAUGAUGAGCCAGAGGAGGAAGGGGAAGAGGACCUGCGAGAUGGAGGCGUCCCUUUCUUCGUCAACCGCGGUGGGCUCCCUGUGGAUGAGGCCACCUGGGAACGGAUGUGGAAGCACGUGGCCAAGAUCCACCCCGAUGGAGAGAAGGUGGCGCAGCGGAUCCGUGGGGCCACGGACCUGCCCAAGAUCCCCAUACCAAGUGUGCCUACUUUCCAGUCGUCUAUGCCAGUCCCUGAACGUCUGGAAGCCGUGCAGCGCUACAUCAGGGAGCUGCAGUACAAUCACACAGGGACACAGUUCUUUGAAAUUAAGAAGAGCAGACCUCUGACAGGGCUGAUGGACCUGGCCAAGGAAAUGACCAAAGAGGCUCUGCCAAUCAAAUGCCUGGAAGCCGUGAUCCUGGGAAUUUACCUCACCAACAGCAUGCCCACCCUGGAACGCUUCCCCAUCAGCUUCAAGACCUACUUCUCAGGGAACUACUUCCACCACAUUGUGCUGGGGGUGAACUUCGGGGGCCGCUACGGCGCCCUGGGCAUGAGCCGGCGCGAGGACCUGAUGUACAAGCCGCCGGCCUUCCGCACGCUCAGUGAGCUCGUGCUGGACUAUGAGGCCGCCUAUGGGCGCUGCUGGCAUGUGCUGAAGAAGGUGAAGCUGGGCCAGUGCGUGUCCCAUGACCCACACAGUGUGGAACAGAUUGAGUGGAAGCACUCGGUCCUGGACGUGGAGCGGCUGGGCCGCGAGGACUUCCGCAAAGAACUAGAGCGCCAUGCCCGCGAUAUGCGCCUCAAGAUUGGCAAAGGGACCGGCCCUCCCUCUCCCACCAAGGACCGGAAGAAGGAUGUUUCCUCCCCACAGCGGGCGCAGUCCAGCCCCCACCGCAGGAAUAGUCGCAGCGAAAGGCGGCCGUCGGGUGAUAAGAAGCCUUCAGAGCCCAAAGCCAUGCCAGACCUCAAUGGGUACCAGAUUCGAGUGUGAAGGUGGAUGCUGGCACCCUUGACCUCCUGCUUCUAGAGACCAGGACCCACCUGCUGGACCCAGCUGCAGUCAUACUCUUAGGGUGUGAGGAACCGCAGGAAGGGUGUGUGACAGCUCAGCUUCAUGCUGCUCCCCUUCCACUGAACCAAGCCCCUAACUCUGGGCCAAGAGGCAGUUAGUGUUUUGUCUGGGGGUUUUUAGUGCUACCACUGAAGUUUAAAAUGUUGGGGGGAAAAAGAUACAUAGAUGUGCUGGUGGCUGGAAGGACACUGUUUAGAGACCUGAGAGCCAUGGGGCUAAGGGAGGACAGCUUGGUACUCCUGUGGCAGUGCCCCUCUGGGAUUUGAGUGUGUCCUAUACAGGCUAUUUCUGGGCCCCAUCAACCUGUGGGAGGAUCUGGGGUGGGGGUAGAAGUAUUUUUCCAAUUGGGCAGAAUGCCCUGACAGAAUUUUGACCCAGGCAAAGGGAAGCAGGGUAGGAAUCUUCCUGGCAAAGGUCUGUGUUGGUCUUAAAUCAGGAGCUUGGUGCAAGCCUCAUUUGCUCAAGAGUAGGGAGACAACUCAGGCCAUGGUGGCCCCACAAGCAUACUGGCUGAGCCUGUGCUGUAGUCAGGCUGUGGAAGAGCUGGGAGAGGACCCUGGGUGAGGGGGUUCCAGACCCCUAACAGGGUCUGCUGGCUCAUCCUGCUCUUGCCUGUUGCAGCAGCCCAAGGGGCUCCCUGCAGAGGGUCUGGGCUUUGCAGAAAACUAGACACUGGGUCAGCAUGACUGGGGAUUGAGCAGACAGACCAGUUUGGGAGCUGUAGGUGGGCACAGGAUGAUGGGGUGGGUGGAACCCUUGGGCCUGGGUCUUUCCCCUGGCAGUGCCAGGAGUGGCUUCUUCCCCUUCCAGAUACUACUGCCCCGGGCCCACUGCCCUGGUUUAGCAGCCCAGUUAGGAGGUGGUUAUAGUGAUGGUGGGGCCGGCCAUGUUUGGAAAGAGCCUGAACAGAUGGGGUCAUUCACGUUCUGCCCCUUUGGGCCUGAGGAUGUAGAGAGGUUGCCAAGCUCGAGGAAAGGUUCUGAAGAUCCAGUUAAUGAGAAGUGCAGGGCAGCUGUGCAGUGUGGCCACCAAGGCAGGACAGUGCCCAAGAACUGGGGAUGUAAGUGAGAAAGGUGUGGGAAGGAGGCUAGGAUUAGGAUGCCUUGGGAGGAGUGAGUUCCUACAGCAUAGAAGGCUACUUGUCAGGAAGUGGGAGAGCAGAUGCAGGUCGUGGAAGGGCAGCUGGAUGAGGUGGCCAUUAAGGGUUUUACUUCAGCAGGAGGCUGUGAAUCAGUCAGGGCCACAGUCAAGGCUGCAGAUGGACUGGGGGCUUCCAUAAAGGACCAGAACUAAAACUAUAAACUCAAAUGCCCACAGGGCCAGCAGGUGACCAAGAGGUGGGUGGCAGGACUGGGUGGGGACCAUGGCACACUCAAGAGGGCAUACCGCACUAAAGGGAUGGCCAUCUCUCAGUUCCAGGCCCUGUGCAGCCAGAUUAUCUGGUUUUUUCAAAAGCCAAAACUCUGCAUUUGUGUGUGAAAUCUUGACUUGUAAGAGUUGAUGAUUUGUUUAAAAUGUAAAAAUCCAGCAUAGGUAAAAAGAAUGCCAGUUUGCAAUCUCUGGUGUAGAGACAGAAGCUGUGCUGGGAAGAGUCCACUGCGGUGCUGGGUAGUGGAAAGUGAUACUUCUGAGCUCCCCAGAGCUGGGCUGAGCAGUCAAGGGGAGGCCCUGGCAGCUGAGACUCCACCAGAAGGACACAGAGAUGGUCUAGUGCUCAGCCUACCAGGAGAUGGAUGGGCCUGGGAGCAGAGGAGGGGAGGAGGGAGGAGCAGAGACACCUUCGCUGAUGAGAGUGCUUGCAGGGAAGGCACUGGAGGCUGGCAGCUCGGACCACCAGUCCUUGGCCCAAAGCCAGCCCAGCAGGGCCCAGCCAGAGCCACCCUGGGAAGGUCCCUAACCUGCCCUCAGGCUACACCCUGGCCAGAACAAUGAGGUGCAUGGUUACAUGUGACUCACUAUCCCAUCUCAGCUUUGGGAGUGGAGACAGUGGUCCUUUACUCGUAACACAAGGACAGUUGGCCACCUUCAGACUCCUCCUGGUUCUGGUUGUGGUUCUGGUUCUUGUUCUGGUUGAAGCUCAUCCACAGGCAGACAGCCCUGGAUGCCUCUGGGAAUUUCCAGAAACGACAGGGUACAGCGGGGAAUGUGAGAAAGAGCCAGGGGCUGGAACCAGUGGACGUGGAGGAAGCUGCUCCCAGUCCCAGCGCCCUAGGUGCUGCCUUAGGCUCCUGAGCCCAUGACAGAAGGGAGUAGAGUGGAGCCCUAACCCUGCUUGCUGUCUGGGAGGACACUGACCCUCGCUGGAAGCCCCUGGUACUCACCCUUCCUGAGCUGAGGCCUCAGGCCUGUGGAGACCACCACAGGACACCAGCGGUGCUUUUGUUUUUUUUAACUUUUUCAUAUGUAGCAACCCUCCUCCCCUCCUGGGCUGUUUACAUGGGCUCUGCUGUCUGGGGCCGGCCUGGCUGUGAGGUUUCUGGGGAGGCAGGCAGGGGCUUUGGGGCCUUAGUCACCAUCCAUGGUAUCACCUCAUCUCACUUCCUAUGAGGGAUAGAGGCCUGGCUGAUGUGACCCAGCUCCCCUCCACUCGGGACUGCCUUCAAGCUCCUCUUCCCCUGCGGGGCUCGGGGGGAAACCGAUGACAGGAAUCAAGAUGAGGUCAGAGGAAGCUGCUUGGUAGAGGUGGCCAGGGGAGCAGAUAUUGCAGAGUCCUGCCAAAGCCUGGCUCCCUGUGCUGGGUGUCAGGGCAGAACACCGGAAGCUGGCCCCAGCAAGCUUUCCCUUCUGCCUGCCAGUGCUCUCCCUCCACAGCCUCACAGCGUUCACACUCACCCAUCAUGCCACCCACCCCGUCCUUUCACAGGCCUGGCCAGGCGUGGAAAGCAGCAGCACUGUGGUCCCUGUGGGCAGUGAUAAAGCAUAGGGCCACCAUGCCAGGCAGCAGAAAGAGCCCUGAAGUUCAGUGUGUCUGGUUUCUGGCCCUUUUGACACCUCAGGCUCCACUUUUCCAUCUUGGGCAUGACUCUGGCUCGAGGAGUCCAUGGAACUCUUGCUGGUAAUGUCCAGAGGCCCACGUGCAUGUGCACCUGCUUUUCCUGCUUGGAAUGCAGACUGGCUUAGCUGAGGCAGCAUCACAGGCCUUGUGUCCCCAGCCUCGGAAUGCAGGAUGGUCGCGCUGCACCCAGCUACUAAUGGUGUAGCAGGUAGACGGCAUGCUCUGAAGGGGUGAAGGUCUGCUUCCUACCCGCUUCCUCAGGCAAGCAGGACUGCCACGGUGCUAGCUGCAGGGCACUCGAUGUGACCCUCUUGCCCACCAUGGUGCUCCAGGGUCUCGGGUUGCCCCACUCUGAUAAGAGGAGAGAGACCUGGGUGUCCUUGGCCAUGGCCUGGUGAUGGGCACUCACUCCCCAGCCUUGUGUCUGGCUACUGUGUUGUCAUGGACAUUCUUCCUGUCCUCAUAGCAGUAUUUGCCCCUCCCUUCCCACUCACAUUUUGUUUCAUUCCUGUCCUCACUUUUCCCCUGAAACAAAUAAAAUCUCUCCAGUUCCAGUUGUGUGGGCUGGACAGAAAUCACAA